AUGAAGGGUUUAUUGGAUCUUCCCAACGAGAUUAUGCUACGGAUACUACAUUACGUCGAACCUGUACAGAUCAGCACCUUCCUUUCGACAUUGAGGAACCUGAUUACACUGGAAGAUAACGAGCAGCUUUGGCAAUCCCUCGCUGGGACAUUUGGAAUCACGUGCAAGCAGCCUUAUGGGUCAUGGAAGGAAUUAGGCUUUUCAGGUGACCUGAUGACGACGUGUCCUCAUUUGCAAGCCGUCGAUUGUCCUUGUUCACUUUUACGAGCAACAUCCGCCAUCAAGCAUGAUACGCCUUGCAGCUGUGGCCAACAAUCAUGGGCGUGUCUUGAAUAUGGUAUUUGUCUAGGAUGCCGCGAUGGCACGCCACAUUGUUUAUCCAAUCGCCAAUGCACUCAUGCUGUUGUACUAAGGCUCUCAGUUCCCAAUUUCAUGGAAGUAUGGUGCUCUUCAUGCUCAAGAACGCUUGGUUUAUGGGAGGAUCCUUGGAAAGAGCAGUAUAUGGUGCGAUCGAUAUUGCGAACUUACAUUUCACCUGAGCAACCACCUGGCGACAAGACCGCACUCAUUCAACAACGAAGGGAAGCUGAACAAUACCAAUUUUGGAUGUGGUUCCGUAAUCCUUCUCUCGAUGCAAGCACCAAUUUGAUAUCAGUCCAUGGAUGUUACCUUGUUGAUCAAGAAUGGUUUGCUUCUUGGGUGGAUUUCCUUAAAGGUAUAUCUGAAAUCCCAGGCCGAGUUUCAAAUGGCAAUUUACUUGCUAUGGAUGGAUCUAUCAAGCCAGACCUCGCUUUGGGAAGGAACUUUGUUUUGCUUAGUGAACGCGCUUGCUCAUUCAUUACACGGAUUUAUGGUAUUGAUGGAUCACUUGCAUCUAUAGAUCAUGUGAAGAACAAGCCCGAAUACGCACGUUUGGUUCAUUCAGUACGAGUGCAAGAACAAAUGGCUAUACAUCAAAGAGUAAGGCCUAUUGUGGUCUCCGUAGAACAGCAAUCAUUAGUAUAA